UCGCCAUGUUUAUUAUUAUCCAUCCGGUUUGUAGACUGCUGUUCGCCGAAUCUUCAAAUUUCGGAUACUGCUGCUAAGCAACAAUUUCCAACAUGCACAAAGUGUCUUUAUUAGGCGAAACUUUAGUGCUAGUGGUUGUGUUGAGUGUUGCAUAUGGAGAGGUUAUAUCAUUAAAUGACCAAAACAUAGACAAUGUUUUAGGUAGCAGUGAUAUAGCUAUAGUCAAUUUCUAUGCUGACUGGUGUCGCUUUAGUCAAAUACUGGCUCCAACUUUUGAAGAGGCUGGGAAAAAAAUUCAGGAAGAAUCUACAGUACCAGGUCGCAUUGUGUUUGCCAAAGUAGACUGUGACAGGGAAACAAAUAUUGCGACAAAAUAUCGCAUUAACAAGUACCCAACAUUGAAGCUAUUCAGGGGAGGUAACAUUGUCAAGAAGGAAUACAGAGGCCAGAGAUCAGUGGAAGCAAUGGUACAGUUUGCUCAAGAACAAGCCAAAGACCCAGUCAUAGAAGUGGAACAACUUUCCAACCUUGAGGAUAUUGAUACAAAAAAAAGACACAUCAUUGGCUACUUUGAGAGUAAAAUAUCAGACAACUACAGGGUGUUUGCCCGUGUGGCAAAUGUGUUGAGAGAUGACUGCCAGUUCCAUGCUGCUUUGGGACCUGUAUCAAUGUCAGAGAGAACAUCUGGUGAUCACAUCAGUGCUCGACCAUCCAAUACAAAAGAUGAUGUGCCCUACACUGGCCCACUUAACAGCUAUGAUGUACUAUACCAGUGGGUCACAGAAAAAUGUACCCCUCUAGUCAGGGAAAUCACAUUUGAAAAUGCAGAGGAGUUAACUGAAGAAGGCCUGCCUUUCUUGAUAUUGUUCCACCACCCUGAUGAUACAGCUACAGUGGAAAGUUUUAACAAAGUUGUUGCUGAACAAGUCAUGCAUGAAAAAGUGAACAUCAACUUCCUAGUUGCUGAUGGCCUCAAGUUUGCCCACCCACUCCACCAUCUAGGCAAGUCUACAGAUGACCUCCCUAUACUGGCCAUUGAUAGCUUUAGACACAUGUACCUUUUUCCACACGAUGUCAGGAAAGAUCUUAGCACACCUGGCCUGCUGAAGCAGUUUAUUGAAGAUCUUCACUCUGGCAAACUUCAUAGAGAAUUUCAUCAUGGGCCAGACCCUACCACACAAGCAGCUGUAGUCAUUCAAGCAGAUGAUGAUACGCAGAAAAACAUUCCCAGGGACACAAGUGAUGAACCCAGAGAACCUGCACCUCAAAAGAUCACAUCACCACCAGAGUCCACAUUUAAAAAGCUGGCACCUUCACGAAACAGAUACACAAUAUUACGAGAUGAGCUGUAAACAUAUGUAGAUGCCUGAUCUUAAGCACAUAUACUGUAACAGUAUAUUUGAUAUUUUGUAACAAUGACAGUACUAAAUGUUGAAUGAAAUAUUUGAUUAAGUAAAUGUUCUACUAUUUAUUCUAGUAGGCUGAAUGGUUAACAGUUUUAACUUGUAGAACAGAGUUCAAGGUCAAAGUGACCACAUAUUUACUGCUGUUUGAGGUGACUUCUUAGACAUGACCUACUCUGGGCUGACUUGUUAGACAUGACCUACUCUGUUUGAGAUGACUUGUUAGACAUGACCUACUCUGUUUGAGCUGACUUGUUAGACAUGACCUACUCUGUUUGAGGUGACUUGUUAGACAUGACCUACUCUGUUUGAGCUGACUUGUUAGACAUGACCUACUCUGGGCUGACUUGUUAGACAUGACCUACUCUGGGCUGACUUGUUAGACAUGACCUACUCUGUUUGAGAUGACUUGUUAGACAUGACCUACUCUGUUUGAGAUGACUUGUUAGACAUGACCUACUCUGUUUGAGCUGACUUGUUAGACAUGACCUACUCUGUUUGAGCUGACUUGUUAGACAUGACCUACUCUGGGCUGACUUGUUAGACAUGACCUACUCUGGGCUGACUUGUUAGACAUGACCUACUCUGGGCUGACUUGUUAGACAUGACCUACUCUGUUUGAGGUGACUUGUUAGACAUGACCUACUCUGUUUGAGGUGACUUGUUAGACAUGACCUACUCUGUUUGAGGUGACUUGUUAGACAUGACCUACUCUGGGCUGACUUGUUAGACAUGACCUACUCUGGGCUGACUUGUUAGACAU